GUCCGACGCUCCUCCCAUUCUCUGACUACUGACAUUGAACUGCACCUGGGAGCACACCUUUUACAGUCCCUGGACGGUUUCGUGUUCGUCGUCAGUCAGGAGGGACGUUUCCUCUACAUCUCAGAGACAGUCUCCAUCUACCUAGGACUCUCACAGGUGGAGUUGACAGGCAGCAGUGUGUUUGACUACAUCCACCGCGACCAUGUUGAGAUGGCCGAGCGGCUGGGCAUCCAGCCCCACCUGCGGGCGGAGGCAGGCUGCCACACAGGGCCCGAGAGCGCCUCCAGCUCCGCCUCCACGCCGUCGCUGGCGGGCACGCCAGAGCCCGCCCCCUCCAGCCCCCACUCCCCCAGGGAUGAGGCUCCAGACAGGGGCUUCUUUAUCAGGAUGAAGUCCACACUCACCAAGAGAGGCCUCCACAUCAAAUCUUCUGGUUACAAGGUGACACACGUGACUGGAAGAAUCCGCUGUCGGCCAGCCCUGGUGCCUGGCUCGGGGCGACCGGUGCGUCGACCAAUGGGCUUGGUGGCGUUGGCUCACACCCUCCCUCCUUCCACCCUGAACGAGGUCCGCAUGGAGAGCAACAUGUUCGUGUUCCGUGUCAACAUGGAUCUGCAGGUCACAUACUGUGAGAACAGGAUCUCGGAGUACAUGGACCUGACCCCAGCAGAGGUGGUGGGUCACACCUGCUACCACUUCAUCCAUGUAGAAGACCUGGAGAACCUCCGCCUGAGCCACGAAGACUUGUUGAGGAAGGGCCAGGUGGUGACAGGAUACUACCGCUGGCUGCAGAGGAGGGGGGGCUACCUGUGGAUCCAGUCCUGUGCCACCGUCUCCAUCAACUACAAGGCCCCCCAUGAACGUAACGUGAUCUGGGUGAACUACAUCAUCAGUCGUACAGAGCUCCCAGAACCCUCUGACCUGCUGCAGCUGCCAGAGACUCUGAGGGCGGAGCGACUACGAGCCAGCUCCUCCCCCUCUGACGUGUCACCUCAGGCCCGAGGUACGCACACACACACACACCCCAUCAAAAACUCAGUGAACAAGGGCGACUCCCAUUUGAAAGGCAGAGAAGUCUACGCCCCUUCCUCCAUCGUCCAAUCAGAGGAGAGGAGGAAGCGUGGCCUGCGGUCCCACCCGGACGGCGCGCCCCCGGAAACACGCCGGCGCCUGGAGGAGUUCCACCCCCCGGAGGAGAGCGCGUCGUCUGACCUGGGAAGCGAGAGCGAGGGGGAGGAGGAAGAGGAGGAGAGGGGGUGGGACCAGGGGGGGGCAGACAGCGGCGAGAGGAUGAAGAGGGAGGAGGGGGGAGGAGGGGGAGGGAAGAGGGGAGGGGACCACGGCAGGCGGGGGGAGAGGGUGGGGGCCAGGGUGCAGAACGGCCGGGCUGUGAUCCAGCACCUGAAGAACGUGGCCGGCUCGCCCCCAUCCUCCCGGCCCCCCAGCAUCAAAACUGAACAGGAGAGCCGGAACGCGGGCGGGCGCUGGACACACACACACACCCAGCCACCGCCCUCGCACACACACACUCCCUCGGGCAGCCUGAGUGGAGACAGCCCACCCACCCCCCUUCCUGACUCCUCCUCCUCCUGCGAAGCUCCGCCCAAAGGUCUCUUCACUCCUCCCUCACCCACUCUCUCCCCCCCCAUGUCCAACUCCUCGCCCUUGCCCCGCGAGGACAGGGGGGGCAUGCUCGGGGGGCGGGGAGGGGUGGGGCCUGACUUUGAGCUGCUGCAGCGAUUGGCUGCGGGGAGUGCAGCCGGGCGUGUUCUCUUCCAUCCACUGGCUCUCGGGCCACAGGGCCCCCAAAGCCUGUAUGCUCCCAGCACCAUCCGCUACGCCCCCCCUGAGCUGCCCCCCUCCCACCACGGCCACGGGGACGGCCACCACAAGGGUCCCCCGCCAGCCUUUUUCCCCCACCUCCAGAGGCUGGCCGGCCUCCCCCCCUUCGGCGGCCUCUCCGCCUCCGACCCCCCCUUCCCCUCUGGACUGCAGUUCUGCAUGAACGGACUGAGGGGGGCCGCCGGGCCGGAGGAUGACUGAAAGAGAGGGAAGGUGGUGGGGGAUGGGAAAGACCUGAGCUAGCCCUAAGGCUGCCAUGGACGUACUGUAACAUGGAUUGGUCGGAAAGCCC